AAGGGGAGACUUUCCACAUGUUGCAUGCACUUCCCAUCAUCCCCCACCACGGGCCUUUCCAAGUGGGGCUGCUGGGAGUUGCAGUCCAAGUUCCUCUUGGAGCCGCGCUCCCCCACCGGUGCGGGUCCCUCCCCUGCUUUGGAAGAGCCUCGUUGCUUUAACCGCCGGCUGCCUGGUGAAAGCUCAACAGAUGCCCCCGUUUCCUGUGAGGGAAACGCAAGCGGCAGGAUCCCACCCCCUUCCUCCCUCGCUUUUCUCCGCCUCACGCACGACGCUUUUUGCGGGCACCUCGAGGCCGGGCCACGGUCCCUGCCGGUCUCCAGCGCCUUGACUGGGUUGACUCGGUCCCGCCGAGUCCCUUGGCGGCCGGCCGGCGGGCGGGCGGGCAACGCAACAAGCCCCUUUCACUAGGAAGGAUCCCGGCUGGCGGCAAGAGCAGGAAGGGGCGCGCCCGCUGCUCGCUGGCUGGCUCGCCGCGCAGGAAAGGAGCCGCUGGGCCGCAGCCUUGGCUCACGCUGCCGCCCACGUGGCAUUCAUUGCUGGCCGCGCCAAGGCAGCGCUGAAGCCCGGAAAGGAUCAUGCCCAAGAAAGGAGAGAUACGGCCUAGCACAGAGAAGGAAUCACAUUUGCCAUGCAAACAGGCAAAAGUGGAAGCAACCUGCCCUUUACUUUGGAAGUAUGACCACUCAGAGAGUUUGUUUGAGUGUUUGAUCUCUCCUAUCAAACAAGAUGUAUUCUUCAGAGAAUACUGGGAGCAGAAGCCGCUAUUGCUUCAGAGAAAUGACCCUUCUGUGGCAUUGUACUACCAGUCUCUAUUUCCAUUAAGUGACUUGCAAGACAUAGUCAAGCAGGGUUUAUACUAUGGAAGGGACAUUAACAUCUGCAGGUGUGUGAAUGGGAAAAAAAAGAUUUUUAACAAAGAUGGCAAAGUCAGCUACACACAGCUGAAGAAAGACUUUGAUCAGAAAAAGGCUACAAUACAAUUUCACCAGCCCCAAAGAUUUAAGGAUGAACUCUGGAAGAUCCAGGAAAAGUUGGAAUGCUAUUUUGGUUCACUGGUUGGAUCUAAUGUUUACAUUACUCCUUCGGGGUCCCAAGGCCUGCCUCCACACUAUGAUGAUGUUGAGGUUUUUAUCUUACAACUGGAAGGAGAGAAACACUGGAGGCUCUACCAGCCUACUGUACCUCUUGCACAAGAAUACAAUGCUGAACCUGAGGAGAGAAUUGGAACUCCAACACAUGACUUCCUAUUAAAGCCAGGAGAUUUGUUAUAUUUUCCAAGAGGAACUAUUCAUCAAGCUGACACACCUCCUGGGAUAUCUCAUUCUACUCAUGUGACCAUCAGCACCUAUCAGAACCAGUCUUGGAGAGAUUUCUUCUUGGAUGUAGUACCUGGACUUGUUUUGGCGACAGCAAAAGAAGACAUAGAGUUUCGGAAGAGCAUUCCAAGACAGUUAUUGAUGAAGGUGGAUUUGUCUGAAUCAUCAAGGCAAUUAAGUGGCUUCCUGAGGUGCCUUGCAGACCGUCUGGAAAGUGGCAAAGAACUGAAGUCAUCUGACAUGAAAAAAGACUUCAUUAUGAACAGAUUGCCUCCCUUUUUGGGGACCAAUUUUGACUCUUUAGCUGCAGGUGGAGCUAUGCCAAGGUUAGGCAGCACAAUCAGAUUACGGUUUAAAGACUAUACAGUAAUCACAGUAGAGCCAGAACAAGACCUUUUGGAUGAUUCUACCAAAGAAAUUAUUUUUGUGUAUCAUUCCUUAAAGAAUAAUAGGCAGAACCAUAUGAUGGGAGAUGAAAAUAUGGAUGAAGAAGAAAUAAGAGAGACUCAUGGGCUACGGUUUCCCCUGUCUCACAUGGAUGCGCUGAAGCAGAUUUGGAACUCUGAUACUAUCCGUGUUGAGGAAUUGAACCUUUCUUCAGAUGCAGAAAAAGAAAACUUGGUUCUUUCCCUGUGGAGCGAAUCCUUAAUUGAAGUAAAUUGAUACCCUGGAUUUCGGUGGGUGGGCAAAGCAUAUGUGUAAAUCUCUUGAUUGCGGCAGAAGGGAUGUAAAGCAUGACCCAGCCAAAAUUAAAAGUCUGUUACAACACAGGAA